AAACUAAAACCGAUCUCUCUCUCUCUCUCUCGCUCAGCCCCGCAGAGAUCGAGAUCGCAACAAUGGCGGCCGCGGACAUCGCCGGCGCCGGCUACGGCGGAGCCCCCUCGCCGGACUCCGAAGGCCCCGACGGCGUGCGCAUGAGUUGGAACACCUGGCCUCGCUCCAAGGUCGAGGCAUCCAAGUGCGUCGUCCCCAUCGCUGCCUCCAUUUCCCCGAUCCGCACCCACCCCGACGUCCUCGUCCUACCCUACACCCCUCUCCGCUGCAAACCCCCCUGCUCGACCGCCCUUAACCCCUUCUGCACCGUCGACUUCUCCAAUCGGAUCUGGACCUGCCCGCUCUGCUUUUCCCGCAACGUUUUCCCCCCUCACUACCACGCUAUCUCCGAAUCCAAUGUCCCUGGCGAGCUCUAUCCCCAGUGCACCACUGUGGAGUACGCCCCACCUCCCGCCCCCCACUCCCCUCCACCUCCCCCUCCCGUCUUCCUCUUCGUCCUUGACACCUGCAUCAUCGAGGAGGAACUUGCCUACUUGAAGUCCGCCAUGAGACAAGCUUUGGGGCUUUUGCCGGAGAACGCGCUUGUUGGGCUUGUCACGUUUGGGACGCAGGCGCAGUUGCAUGAGUUGGGCUUUGCGGAUCUAUCCAAGGUGUAUGUUUUCCGUGGCACCAAGGAGAUCUCUAAGGAGGAGAUUUUGGAUCAGCUUGGAUUGUCUGGUCGUGGUUUCCCCAAGGGCGCACCGGCACAUGCCAAUGGGUUGCAGCAGCACCCUGCGGGGUCUGUUAAUCGGUUCCUUCUCCCAGCUUCGGAUUGCGAGUACCAGCUCAAUUUGUUGUUAGAUGAGUUGCAGACGGAUCAGUGGCCGGUGGAGGUUGGGAACCGGGCACGAAGGUGUACUGGUGUUGCUCUGAGUGUUGCAUCGGGUUUGUUGGGAGCUUGCUUGCCUGGGACUGGAGCGCGGAUUAUAGCUUUGGUUGGGGGGCCAUGCACAGAAGGUCCUGGGAUGAUUGUGUCCAAAGAUUUAUCUGAACCAGUGCGUUCCCAUAAAGAUCUUGAUAAGGAUGCUGCUCCUCAUUUCCACAAAGCUAUCAAAUUUUAUGAAAAUCUUGCCAAGCAGCUGGUUAGCCAGGGUCAUGUGCUAGAUGUGUUUGCUUCUGCCCUUGAUCAGGUUGGGGUUGCUGAAAUGAAAGUUGCUGUUGAGAGAACAGGUGGUCUUGCUGUCCUAGCUGAAAGUUUUGGCCAUGCAGUUUUUAAAGAUUCCUUUAAAAGAAUUUUUGAGAAAGGCGAACAUUCUCUUGGUCUUUCUUUCAAUGGGACGCUUGACAUUAACUGUUCAAAAGACAUCAAAAUUCAGGGGAUAAUUGGGCCAUGUACGUCUUUGGAAAAGAAGGGAGCUCUUUGUGCUGAUACAGUCAUAGGACAAGGAAACACAACAUCAUGGAAAAUGUGUGGACUCGACAGUAGUACUUCUUUGACUGUCUUCUUUGAUAUAUCACCCAGUGAACGGUCAAACCAACAGGGCAUCACCAACCAACAAUUGUACAUACAGUUCAUGACAAGCUAUCAAAAUGCAGAGGGUCACAUGAGACUAAGGGUUACAACUAUCACCAGAAAAUGGGUGGAUGGCUCGAUCAACAAAGAGGAAUUGGUUGAGGGUUUUGACCAGGAAACUGCAGCUGUUGUGCUUGCAAGAUUCAUUUCCUUGAAAAUGGAGAUGGAGGAAGAAUUUGAUGCAACUCGUUGGUUGGAUAGAUCUCUCAUACGACUUUGCUCAAGAUUUGGUGAUUAUCGGAAAGAUGAUCCCUCUACCUUUACUAUUAAUCCGAAUUUCUCAAUAUUCCCCCAGUUUAUGUUUAAUCUCAGGAGGUCACAGUUUGUACAGGUUUUUAAUAAUAGUCCUGAUGAAACUGCUUACUUCCGGAUGCUAUUGAACCGUGAGAGUGUCACCAAUUCAGUUGUGAUGAUCCAGCCUUCAUUGCUGUCAUAUUCUUUUAAUGCACCUCCUUCACCCGCGUUGUUGGAUGUAGCUUCUAUAGCUUCAGAUCGUAUACUCCUGCUUGAUGCUUAUUUUAGUCUUGUUAUUUUUCAUGGAAUGACAAUUGCUCAAUGGCGUAAUAUGGGUUAUCAGAAUCAGUCAGAGCAUCAGGCCUUUGCACAAUUGUUGCAAGCUCCCCAAGAUGAUGCCCAGAUGAUCAUCAAAGAUCGGUUCCCUGUCCCUAGAUUAGUUAUUUGUGAUCAACAUGGCUCUCAGGCAAGAUUUCUGCUGGCAAAAUUGAAUCCAUCAGCUACAUACAAUUCUGCUCAUGAGGUCACUCCAGGUUCCGAUAUUAUAUUCACCGAUGAUGUUAGCCUUCAAGUAUUCUGUGAGCAUCUCCAGAGGCUGGCAGUACAGUCCUGACUAGAAAUAUACAAGUGUCUUCAUAAUAUUUUUAUCCGUAUCCGUAUUCUAUAUGAUAACCUUAAGGUUGGCGGAGUUUUUACUUUUCUCGCUCCUUAGCUCAUCGUUUGUGUUGUGCCUCCCUAAAUGUUUCUCAUACUAUCCAAUUCAGUCUUUCCUUAAUGAAUAAAGCAGCAUUUGUAUCAUUUCUUCUUUUUUUGGUUUUUAAAAUUUUUUUUAUUAGGAGAAAAAUUGGAGCUCUUAUUUUGUGGGGAAUUGUGGUAUAUGCUAUUGCAAAAACAUUAAAGAUAGGUUGUGUUAAUUUAA